CAAUUUAAUUAAGUCAUGUGUCAUUAAUCAAAAUUGAGACUUUGGGAAAAUGGAGAGAAGUCGGAUCCAAUCCUAACUAACCAAUUUAUACAUAACUAAUUUCUACAUAAUUAGUCCCCACACUAUUUAAUACGGCUUAACUCUAACCAGCAACCAAACAUGGUCGAACUCUGUCCUAGAGGGGGCCAACGAGCACUUUCCUAUUGAAGUAGUUCAGAGAGCACUAAUAAACUGCUAGUAAAUUUUACCAAAAAGUUCUAGUAGUUUGGUAAAGGCAUAUCAAGUUGGUUGACCGGUUCUUCGAUUGCCUAUGACAGUACGCUUCUUCAGCAAAAAGAAUUUGCCCAAAAUUGUUUAGUCAAAGAAUUCUUCUUAACAGAAGUGUUUAUUAAAGAGAGACAAUUAAGAAAGAGAUGAUCAUAUAAUAUAUUAUGAUCCAUAACAGACAGUAAGUUUGCCUAAUCUCUGUUUGCAGAAAUAGUGCGGUUGGCAUGUAGGUUUAGUUGCAAACUCCUCUAACCCACUUACUGUCUGCAAUAUAUAUGUAUGUGUGUGUGUUUACUCGGCGAAAAGAAAAAACGAACAUGGCAAUGACGGUAUAUGUUCCACCGACGGCAGAAAAUAACCCUUCUGGGAAUUCAACUUGCAAGAGAGAGAGACAACAAAUUUCCAUUCCAUUUAUCUGGGAAGAAAGACCAGGAAUACCGAUAAAGGAUUGGAAACCAAAGCCUCUGGCUACUACUAACGGCACGUUUACGUUUACACCCCCAGUUAAGCUCAUUGCUUCUGUCCCCUUUGAAUGGGAAGAAAAGCCAGGAACACCACUCCCUUUUUUCUCCCAGGCCUCUCCACACGAAAAUAUCACUGGCUUACCUUCAACUGUUACAGAUGUGCAAGAAGGUGGAGACGACUUCUGGGCUGACAUUGACAAGUACAUCGAUCAGCAUGGUCAUCAUGAUGAAGAUGGCAUGUCAGAAUCAGAAGUUGUGGGGUCUGAUUCAGAAUCAAUAUAUGAAUCCUUCAGCUCAGCCCCUUCCUCCCUCCUAGCUAAUGGAUUCAUACCAACUGUGGAUAUUUCAAGUGCUCUUCCGGUGGAGCAAACUUCUCUGACAGCAGACAUACACCACAACAUAAAGUGUCCACUUUCACCAACUUCUGAAACUGGCAGCAGCGUUCUCAGUUAUGCAACUGGAACAACAAGCCUGAUUGGAACUGCUUUUCUGGAAAAGCUCUUCCCUCUAUUAUCACCUAGUACAAGCUUUCUUCAGAACUGCAGCACCCCUGAAAAAGGAGGUUCUCAUGUUCCUCCGAAAGCACUUAAUAACAAUCAAGAUCAUGAUAACAAUUGCAGCAUCAAAGUAAGGCAUCCACUAACUCUAGGUGAGCUGAUAAUGAUGAGCCGAAGAAGAAGUUACCAAAGGAAGACAGUCCAAAUGCAGAAGCAAAGCAUCUCUAAGGAAAUGAUGGAUGAUGAUGUUUUUGGAAGCUGCAUGCUUGGAAUUGGCAUCACCAUUGGUGAACUGCACAACAAGUGGAAGAGGCAGUUGCAACUCAAACUUAUCUGAAAGAUGCACAUCUUAAUUCACAGUUUGGCAGAACUUUGAAAGGACUAUCUAAGAAAGUCAUUUCUGUUAUCCAUUUUAAAUUUAAACUUGUGCAACAUGUUUCACAUUCUACUGUACAACUUGGAACUUUAAUUGACAACAUGAGUGCAACUUUAGCAUUAA